UUGAACUACCUAUUAUCUGGACGCAUGAACGUCAAAAUUGACAAAAUAAUAAACAGAAAACACUAUUUUUAUCAAAUUUAUUUUCUAUUUUACCCAAUGUGAAAGAAUAAAAAGGCUCGCAUAUGAAUUUAGGAAUAUUUAACCGUAUGAACUUAAAAGAGAGCAGCGAAAAUAAAGGAAUGUACUCAGAAUGGACAUCAUUAAAUUUAAUAGUACAACAAUCCGGCGAAGAAAAUCAAAGUGUUCUGGAGAAAUUUGGUUUGACUACAAGUAAAGAAGUGACUUUGGGAUUGGUGAGGCAGCUUGCUAAUAAUCUUGGUAUUACACAUCAACCUGAGAAGAGUUUAUUAACCACUGACAAAGAUGUUCAAUGGUGUAUGGAGGUAUUAUGUUUUGGUUUAUCCUUACCACUGUCUGAACAUGAAACUAUUAAAGAUUGUGUAAAUGUUUAUUGUGAAUGGUUGUCAGCUUUGCUACCCAGUCCCAAGAUAUGUGUACCGAAACCAAUUGUGGAUGAUCCAAAUAUAUAUGCUAGGAAAAUUAUAUCACAUCUACAUUAUUUAUUUAUACCUAGAAAGGGCGAAGGUAUUGAUACAAUCAAUAGACAGGCAGUAUUAUGUCAUAGGGUUCUUAGAACCCUGCAACAAAUUGCACAUGAGUCCAAGCAACUGGAACGUGAAACUUGGGAAGCUCUAUUAUUAUUUUUACUAGCAAUAAAUGAUACCUUAUUAGCUCCACCAACUGUUAAGGAUGAUGUGGCUGAUCAACUUUGCGAAAGGGUUUUAAGUGUUUUAUUUGAGAUUUGGUUGAUUGCUUGUGCACAAUGUUUCCCGUCUCCACCAUUGUGGAAAACAUUAAGGGAAUGUUGUAUGAAUUGGAGACACAGGGUCGCCUUGAUUGAGCAAUGGAAUAGAGUUAAUUUAGCUUUGACAUCUAAAGUUUUGGUGUUUAUGUAUGGGCCAAAUUUUCCCGAAUUGAAAAUUGGGGAGGAUGACAUCAUACCAUAUGGUAUGAGCAAUGAUUGUAUAGCCCAAAGUUGGUACAGAUUUUUAAACACCAUAGGAAACCCUGUUAAUUUAACCAAACCAGGGGUUAUAAGCCAAACACAAAAGUUUCUGCAAUUUGCCAUUAGCACAGAUGGCGUUGUCGACCCCUCUCAACACCCUUGUCUACAAACUUUGCCUUUAAUAUUUUUAAAGGCCAUUAAAGGCAUUGCUGGUCAAGUUGAUGCCUUCUUGGGUCUAGCGCAACCGAUCUGGUGGGACUCGGUGGUGACAGGUAGCAGCACGGACAAGCUGAAGGAGGCCUCCCCUUCAGUCACGCACUCGCCCACGCCUCCCACGCAGAGGAGGCUCGCUAAGAGCUUUAGUGUUGCACCAACUUCCAAUCACAAGGGUGUCCCAAAAUCAACUCUUAUAAGCCUAACUACAAGCAGAAGUUCUGCUAUACCUGUGUCGACACCAAGUUCUGGACCAAGUUCUACAUCAAGUAUAUCUUCCUUGACCUCUUUUGGUCCGGACUCCAAAACCCCUUUGGCCCCUGGACGUCCAAAAUGCAACAGCAUAUUUCAUCUAUUUGGCGAAUGGCUCUUCGAAGCUGCUUUUAUCGGAUGUGAUUUGCCGCAAAAACAACACGAUCUGAAACGCCCCAACUCCAUCGUGAUGGACAGCAAAUCGUCGCUAAAUUACUCGCAACCGGGUUCUUUAAACGACUCCGGGGAGUUCAACUCGAAUCUGCCGAUCGAACGUUACGAGUCCGGCCGAGCCGAAGCAUUGGGCGCCCUCUGUCGGAUCAUGUGCGCUAAGAAAACGGGGGAAGAGAUUUUGUCAGUUUACCUGGCUAGAUUUUACUUGGCGGUGUCGCAGGGCCUAAAGCUCAACUCGUAUAGAGAAUGCGGAGAGACUACGGUUGCUAUAUUGCUUAAUUCCGCUGAUUUGUUCAGGCUUGAUUUAGAUGGCGUCAGAGUACUUAUACCAGCUUUUAUAUCAGCAUUAGAGUUGGUAUUGCCCAACAAAGAUUUAAAAGUGCCACCUGGCGUCAACAAAGUUGAACUAAGAAGAGCUUCCAUCCACUUACUUUUAUCAAUGCUUGUUUUACCUUUGCAUUUUCAAAAUGUUCCAAUCAAGGAAUUAAUUAACACAGGUAACGCUGAUAAACACUUGACAUUUGGCCAAUUAAAAUCGAAGAUGAUGAACCUUCUGACCAAUGGAUUGCAAGUUGAAUCCGAUCCGGUCAACACACACAUGCUAUUGGGCGGUUUAUUUUUGUGCGUUCAGGAUUCGGCUAUUUUCGAGAAAGUCGAACAAAUUCAACAGCAACCCACAGAUACGUCGUCAAAUUUGUUGAGUUCCGCUUCGGACACGGCAAGUACCGUUAGCAUGGCUAGCAGUAAUGGCCGCAGCACUACGCCAGAUCAUUCAGGAUCACUCGAUUAUGAUCCACAUCUGUUGCCGCUAGAUUCUGCGCAUGCUCUGUUCGUCAGAGCCACCUACCUCGUGUGUCAUCGCUUGAUUUCGUCAUGGAAAACGGACCUAAACAUAUCCUUGGCCGCCUUGGAAUUGUUAUCUGGUCUUGCCAGGAUAAAUAAACAACGAUACGAUGCAUUGGAGUGCAAAAGAACAGUUAAAUGGCUAUGCGACUACAUUAUUCAGCAAUGUUCCAAACCUCCGCAAGCGCACUCCAAAGAUCUACAUUCCACCAUUGUUGCCGCUUUUCAGUGUUGUUCCGUUUGGUUACUCGAACACCCCUAUUUACUAAGAGAUAAGGAAUGCCUGACAACAGUUUUAGAAGUGGCGGAACUAGGAGUUUCCGGUACCAAAUCGGUUGGUAAGCCUGGCGAAAGCGUUAAAAUGAAGGAGGAAAAGGAGCUAAAACCAGCUUCGAUGCGUGUUAGAGAUGCAGCUGAAAAUUUAUUAACCUAUAUUUUAGAACAAGUUGGGUAUUUUCCCAAUGAAUGUGGACCUGAGAGUAUAUCAUCUUUGUUAGAUGAGGUGUCACUUUUACAACACUGUAAUACUUGGCCAACAAACUGCUCUGACCAAUCAACUGCCGUUGAAAGGUUUCGUUAUUUUGUCACUGAAGGUUCUGUAAUGAUUGCAUUGUUAGAAGAACCCUUGGGAAAUGACCAGGAUCCUCAACCGACAGUGACACUUCUUAUCCGCGGACCGUUCGGCCGUCAUGCGUGGACUUUGCAGCUACGUCACUUGCCACGCCACAGAUCCGGUACCAAAUACCAUGCCCCCAAUCCAUGCAGACCUGUCGUAAUGCAAGACACGCCAGUCAGACCUCAAGUCAAGCAAAAAUACUUCCCUGACAGCGUGGAAAGAGUCACACACUGCAAAGUUGAUCAAUCAAUUCCAACAAUAGAAUCAGUAAUAGCCAAUGACGAAUCGGUAAGCGGCGAAACUUCUCUACUUUCUCAACUGAUUAACAGACAAAGCGUGGUGGAAAACAACAUAGCAACCACACAAUCGUCCGGUGUUUCCCCGGAAUGCACGCCACCUCCAGUUUGUCACGACUUCCAAACGGCCCGCUUGUUUUUGUCGCAUUUCGGACUUCUUUCGUUGGACGAUAAAGAAGACAAAUCGUCAGAUGCCAAUUUGGCAACGCUAGACAGCAGUGCCACGGAUUUCUGCAAAGAUUUGAUGAUGCUGGAUAACAUGAGCCCGAGAACGUGGGACACUGUGCACGUGUUUUACGUGAAGACUCAACAGACACAAGCCGCCAACAUUGUCGACAAUGUUUUGAAUGAAAAUUCGCUGUCGCCGUUUUUCCUCGAGUUUAUACAUUCCUUGGGGUGGCCCGUGGAAGUCAACAAACAUCCAGGUUGGACUGGUCACAUGUCGACCAGUUGGAAAGUGUCUCCAAAUGCACAGGCCACACCUACACAACCAUCAAGGUCUUAUGAUGGUUCGUCGCAUGUUCUCUAUUGGGCCGACGCAUGCUCAGAAGUCGCCUUUGUCGUACCGUCUCAUUUAAAAUCCAAGGAGAGCCAAUCGGAUGCUUCGUCGUUUAAUGCUAACAGUUUGUCAUCUUGGAGUGAAAGAAGUUUGUCUUCAGACAGCGGUGAAAGAAACAAAAGGACUUUAAGUUUGGAUCUAGAUAAACAACCUGUUGCACCUAAAAGGUCGGGUCCUAGAUCUAGUAUGUAUACUUAUACGAAUACCAAAAUUAUGGUUGUUUGGCUUGAGAGCUUUGAGGAUCAUUUAACUCUUCCUGUGGAUGAUUUAUUAAACUACAUGAACACUGGGUUAGAAAAAGGUGCACCUCCAAAACCUUCAGAAGUUUUGGUUAUUUACUUACAUCUUCUUUCCACCGGAUUAUUGCGCGUUAAGUUACAGGGUCCCUCGGCCAGAGUGGGACUUGCUUCGCCCUUAGUGGAUGGUAUGAUAGUUAGUAGACGCGCUUUAGGACCUUUGGUGAGAUAUACCGCACUGAAUAUGGCUCGAAGAAGAAGACUGGAUUCUGAUAGUUAUCAACCACCUCAUGUAAGAAGGAGACUUAAAGUUCAAGAGAUAGUACAAAAAUACAAAAGGGAGAUGACCAAACCAGAGCUUCUCACAUACUUAUUUAGUUCCACUUAAAUAACAGUAUUUUAGGCAUUAACUACUUAAUGAUGGUAUUGUUUUUAUUUAAUUAAAAAUCUAUUUUUAACCAUAAAUAUUUUAUUAUUUAAUUUAUUAUAAAAAUAUUAUACAAAUAAACCAUAAAUUUUCCUGAUACAAGUCAGUCUUUCAAUUAAAGGCCCUGUUGAAAAAGGAUGUAUUUUCACAAUUUUUUAAGGAGGUAAUAAAAACUGAACAAAGUCACAGAAAAAUGUGUUGCAAUAAAAGAUAACCCAAAAUGGUCAAAAAUUACAGAAACAUCAUUUUUACACUAAGGUCCUUAAUUGCUCAAAACCUUGUUUAGGAUUUUUAACAUAAUCUUUAAAAUUCAAAAAAGUAAAAAAAAAACAAAUAUAAUAUAUAUAUAUAUGUUAAACAACAUAAAGUUACAUGGCCAUUAGGGUGUGUCAAAAAAGGUGAUAUCAUUUUCAUUCUACUUACUAAAAGACUUCGAAAAUGGAAAUUUCUAAAAAUUAAGCGUUUUUUAGAUUUUUAAACUAAACUAUUGAUGAUGGGCCAAAAAGUUUAAUAGCAAUUAUAUAUAAAUAUAAAUUUUUUCGUUUUUCUUCCUACCCUAUGGAACACAUUUGUACAACUCUGCCGUGCUUAAUGAAAACGCCGUAACCAACAAUU